GUUUCUCCCCAAUUUUUCUUGUGGGGGAACACAAUCUAUAGAUAUCCAAGAAAAAUCAAACCACUUGUGACCCACAAGCUGCCUCAAAAGGCCCAUAAAUAUCAGGAUCUUUAUUUCCUUCAAGUUCAUAUGCAUAUCCAUGCAACUCAAGAUGAUGACUCCAAUGGCUACAUUGCUUCCACUUCUCUUCCUCCUAUUCUCAAUUUCAUCAGCAGCUUCUUCACCUCAUGCUCAUGACGAUUUCAUUCACUGUCUUUCCCUUCAUUCCUCAAACUCCAACUCAAUCUCCAAGCUAGUUUACACUCCACACAAUCAAUCCUAUGAGUCUGUAUUGGAAUCUUCGGUAAGGAACCUCCGAUUCACUUUACCCAAAACCCCGAAACCUGUAGUGAUUGUUACACCAUUGCACGAAUCCGAAAUCCAGGCAGCCAUUCACUGCUCUAAACAAACUGGCUUGCCAAUUAGGGUUCGAAGUGGGGGGCAUGACUAUGAAGGUCUCUCCUAUGUUUCCCAUGAAUCUCCAUACGCGGUCAUUGAUCUACAAAACUUCGAUUCUGUCGAUGUGGAUGUUGAAAACAGAACUGCAUGGGUUCAAGUCGGCACAACUCUUGGCCGGCUUUAUUACCGAAUCGCCGAGAAAAGCAAAACUCUUGCCUUCCCUGCCGGAGUUUGCCCCACAGUUGGAGUGGGAGGACACUUCAGCGGGGGAGGCUAUGGCAUGAUCUCGCGUAAACACGGCCUGGCUAUCGAUAACAUCAUCGAUGCUCGAUUGAUCGAUGUUAAUGGCCGAAUUCUCGACAGAAAAGCCAUGGGAGAAGACCUUUUCUGGGCCAUUAGAGGAGGUGGAGGUGCUAGCUUCGGUGUCAUUCUUUCCUGGAAAAUAAACCUAGUUCCUGUUCCAAAAAACGUCACUGUUUUUACCGUAAACCGAAGCUCAGAACAGAAUGCAACCCAACUCAUAGACAGGUGGCAAAACAUCGCAGACAAGGUUGACGAUGAUCUUUUAAUCAGACUCUACAUAAGCGGCACGAAUUCCAGUCAAGAUGGAAAGAAAUCAAUCCAGGCAUCGUUCGUUUCCAUGUACCUUGGCGGAAUCGAAAAGCUCCUGCCAUUGAUGCAAGAAAGCUUCCCCGAGCUGGGUUUAGCGAGAGAAGACUGCACCGAAAUGAGCUGGAUCGAGUCGAUACUCUAUUUCGCAGGAUACAGCGGGGAAUCCCUCGAAAUUUUGUUGAACAGGACAUCCUCACUGGCCUAUUUCAAAGGAAAAUCGGACUAUCUCACAGAACCCAUUUCUGAAAAAGGCUUGAACGUGAUAUACAAAAUGAUUAAUGAAGGAAACUUGGAAACAUCCGAAGUUUUAUUCAGCCCAUAUGGUGGAAGAAUAAGUGAGGUUUCGGAAUCCGAUACACCGUUUCCUCACAGAUCUGGCACUUUAUGCAACAUCCACUACGCUGCGGUCUGGGAACAAGAAGGAGCAGAAGCGUUUAACAGGCAUAUGAAAUGGAUGAGAAAGCUUUACAAGGAGAUGGCUCCUUAUGUUUCCAAAUCCCCGAGAGCUGCAUAUCUGAAUUACAGAGAUCUUGACUUGGGAGUGAACGGCAAAGGCAAUUAUACUAGCUACGCACAAGCCAGCAUUUGGGGCAUUAGGUAUUUCAGUAACAACUUUAGAAGAUUGGCUCAGGUGAAGACGAAGGUUGAUCCCAGUAACUUCUUCAGGAAUGAACAAAGCAUUCCAGUCUUAGCAUGAUUGAUCGAUAUUCGAUGCUGCUGGUAGAAUAAAAAGGAAAAUAUUAACUAUAGCUAGCUAGGAUUGAAGAUUGUGUUAACGUUUAAUUUAUUACAUAUAUGUUGUUCAAAUGAAAUAAGUGGUCGGUGGUAUCACUACAUAAUUGAUUAUUAAUUCAUGUAAUUUGAUCUCAAUAA